UUCAAUACUUAAUAAUAUGAUGGGUUCCUCAAAGUCCUUCGAUUAUUUGUUUGUUUCAAAAGUAUUCUAAAAGCUUUAUAUAUUGCAUGUUUUAUGCCUAUUUUAGUCCUGUUAUAAUUGAAUAAGUCAGCCAAUAAUUUUGCAGUUUAUAAUUAACCUUCUGUGGGCUUAAAUCAGAAAACAUUUUAAUCUAUUAAAAAUUAGAAAAAGUUUUUUUGUAAGGGACACUACCCUUAGUCUAUUUAAUCACUUUUGAAACAGAAAUAGGUAUUACACACGCCGUUAACACGUUAUUCAAAUAACUCAAAAAACAUAAAAAAAAGUUAAUUAACACUUACUGAAGUAAUGAAGGGAUACGACCAGGUGAUAUUCACGAACGAGCUCUUGUACCACCGAUCUGUGGGCAGCAAGAUCCAGGAGACACGGCGAUCGUGGGAGGAGCGGUGCUCCUGGUUUCCUGCUGCCCAAAGGGAAUUGUACGGGAGGUGCUCCGAAAUUUACGAAGAGUGUCUGAAGAAGUACGGCAACGAUCACUACGAGUAUUAUUUGAAAAGAAAUCGCCUGAGGGAAGAACACAGAGUCAAUACCAAAUCAUAUAAAAAUCGGGAGACUCGAAAGUCGGAGAGAUGUAUGGCUCACUUAAAGGGCUAUAAGGCAUCCCUUACUUCAAAUGACGAAUAUGGCCGAGUGAAGCCAAUGCAACUCUUCUAUUGCUUUUAGAUAUUUUUGUCCUAAAAAUUUUGAGUCAUAUCCCGAAUUACAAUCACUCAUUCUUGAUAGUAAACAAAACAAUCCAAUAAAAAUAAAGCUGCAUAUUUAUUUAA